AUGAUUGAAAAUUGGCCUCUGAUAUUGAUUAAGAAACUAAAAGCUUAUGCAGAUAGAAAAUAUAUUAUCGCGUCAGUUUCUGACGUCACUGAAUUACUUCGUUUUGAAGGAUUCUGCGCACAAAUCUUGACUGCAGCAACAAACUUUAAAACGAUACAAAAAGCUUUGUGCUACGUAUCUUUUGUUCACGAAAAAAGCAUAACACCGAUGAAAAGUUCUCUAGGGGUUCAACUUUUUGUAACAUAA